UUUCUUUUCUAUCCUACUUUGAUUUCCGCCCGCGCUUUCUCUUUGCGGUACGUAACGCUUAGUGGCGCUGUCUACGCUUUUUAGCGGUGUUACUUAGUUUUGUUGUUUUGAUUGAAGGCAAGGUCUAGUCAGGUGUGGUGUUUGAAAAGACAGGAAAUCGCCGCUUUUGGGCGAUUUUUACCUGUGUCCAAUUUGUUUUGGUUACUUACCGGCGAGUUUAAGUGCCAUUUCGUUCUCUAACUCUCGUCGAAAAUGGUGUGGGACGAUGCUGUGCAGUUUUAUAAUAGAACAUUCAAUGAAAUUGGUGAUCCUCGUGUUGCAAAUUGGGUUAUGACACAGAGUCCUUUUCUCACGCUUUUUAUAUGUAGCUUAUAUGUUUACGUAGUCAAAUUCUUUGGUCCUAGUCUAAUGAAAAAUAGAGAGCCUUUAGACAUCCGGUGGUUGAUGGUUUUUUAUAAUUUUAUGAUGGUUAUAUUCAACUUUUUAAUAUUUUAUGGUUUUGGAAUUUAUGGUUGGUUUGGUUCAUACAGUUAUAAAUGUCAGCCUGUUGAUUAUUCAAAUAGUACUGAAGCACUUGGUAUGUUGAAAGUUUGCUGGUGGUUUUAUAUAUCAAAGAUGGUAGAGUUUACAGAUACAAUAUUUUUUGUUAUGAGGAAGAAAUUCAAUCAAAUUACCACCUUACAUGUAGUUCAUCAUGGAAUAUUGCCUAUGAGUGUAUGGUUUGGCCUCAAGUUCACUCCAGGUGGCCAUAGUACAUUUUUUGCAUUCAUAAAUUCUUUUGUCCAUGUUUUAAUGUACUGCUACUAUGGUUUAGCUGCAAUUGGACCUCAUAUGAAUAAGUAUCUGUGGUGGAAAAAAUAUAUGACCAGAAUUCAAAUGAUUCAAUUCGUCAUGAUCUUCACUCACGCAUUUCAAUUGCUGUUCAGAGAUUGUAAUUAUCCACAAGGUUUUGCAUGGUGGAUUGGAUUCCAUUCUGUUUUAUUCUGGUUCCUUUUUGCUGAUUUUUAUAGAAGUACAUAUCGCAAAGCUAAAGCUCUCAAAGCAAAAGAUACCGAAAGAAAUGAAACUGCACAAACAUUGAAAAAUGGCUUCGCAACAAUGAACGGUCACAGCUUUUCCUGCGAAAUUGCAAAUAGUUGCACAAACCAAAAUGGACUUUCUAGCAGUAAUGGUAUACACAGUCAUACAGAUAGUACAUCAGAUCUUUCCAAUGGUUAUUUAAGCCAAAGUGAUCUAGUAGAACCUAGUGUAGAAAAGAAAGUUAAUUAAAUAAAUUAAAUCUAUAGUUUCAAUUUUAAUUGUAAUGUUAUAUAGGUAUUGUAUAAUUGCAUUGUAUUAUUGAGGAAUCUCAGGCACUUUGGGUACAAAAUUAUGUGAGGCAAGUUUUUUAAUAUUAUUUUUAUAGACUACAUUUGUAAUGUAUAAUGAAGUUUGUUUUAGCUGUACACCCUUAUUUAUUUGAAAUUUGUAAGCUUAAUAGCACACAAUUGUACAGAAUUUCUAAUACUACUUAUAAAUUUAAGUAAGAUAUAAAUUUAUGAGAAAAUAUUUUUAUAUUUGCACUGUUAAAAUUUGUAUAGCAUAAACUCAUUCUACAUUUCGCUAAAUCUGUGGUAUUUAUGAAAGUUUAAAGUGCAUGUUUAAUAACAGUAUUACUUUACUAGUUGCAUUUAAUAUAACUACCAUUUGCAUUUUUACUAAAAUAACUUUUUGUCGCAUCUUUUGAUGUAAUACUAAUUUCUCUCCCCUAUAUGUAGCAAAAGGUAUAAAAAAAAGUAACAACUUUGAUUAUUUUCUCUUUUGAUGUCUUCAUCUUUAGGGUCAUGUAAGAGUUGUUAUAUUGCAUUGAGAUAUUUGUGUUAUUUUUUAGUUGCAUUUCUUGUUUGUAAUUAUUUCAUGGAAAAUAUGUAACAUAUUAGGUGAAAUUUUACCCCGUUUUUGACUCACAUCAUGAAAACAGCUUUGUAUUUUUAUAUUAUGAGGUUAGUGAUAGUUAUUGAGUUGUUUAAAAUAGCAUAGUUGUUUUAUUUUUGUUUUGUAAAUUUUUUCUAUUGUUUUUCAUAAAUAGAUACUAUAAAAAUGAAGUGUUAAUUCAGUAAAAGCUUUUUUUUUUACUAGUCAAUGUUCUAUAUCUAUAAGAUGAGCUUUCGCCCAAAACUUUUCUUUACUAGGUCUAGUGUUAUAUUGUUUUUGUCAUUAUGUCAGAGCCGUGGAGUUUGAGUUGAUGUCAAUUUUGCAAAAGUUAGAAAAAUUUACUUAACGUUGCCGAAAAGUUAGAUUCUAUAGCUAAAUAAAAAAAUAAAAAAAGGAAGUCUUUUGAGUGCAUGAAAAUUAUUGUAACAUAUAUUUUUAAUUUCAUAUAUUUAUAAUUUAUGGCUCAUAACAUAACUACCUAACAUAUAUUUAUAAUUUCUAGCUCAUUUCUUACAAUGGUUUUGCAUAAUUUCAUUCAAUGGUUUUGCAUUUUGCAUAAUAGUUUUUUUUUAAUUGUUAUGAUGUAAUAAAAAUGUAAUUGCAUAAUAAAAAUUGAAAUAUACAUAAUUUAUAAUUAGCACUUACUUAAUAGCACUUCAUUAAUAAAACUAAUAAAUAUUAAUAGGCUACAAGUCAGUUGGAAUCUUAGAAAAGUUAGAAGUUGAACAUAUCUGCUCAUAACUCUGCAGCUCUGCAUUAUAUAAAAAUAUUUUAAUAAUUAGAAUGAUGGCAAAUGUGGAAUCACAAUGUUUAUUUACUAUUAAAAUGUUUUAAAGUAAAGCUUAAAAAUUCUUUUUUAAAUUGAAGGUACUUAGUAGGGAAACGUUCUCAAGGUAAAGGCAUAGAAUUUUACGAAAUAUUUACACAAUGGAAAAUGCUAUUAAAAUCUAUGAUUUGAAAAAUAACCUGAAUUAUUUCAUUUGGAGAAAAGUAGUAUAAUGAAUGAGGUUAUAUGUGGAGAGCAGCAGUUUCGCCGCAAGUAAAGCUAGAUUUAAUGUUUUUAGAUUUUUUGUUUGUUGAGG